AUGGCGUCGAUCAAAAGCGCGCGGACCUUGGAAGAUACCUCAGAAACCGUGUCUGCGGAGCCCAAGGUGCCUCGUCGGGAUUUUGAGGAGCAGAAGUUCGACGCAGACACCCGCACGGUCUCCGCCGAACAGGACAGCUUCCCGGAAACACCUACCCCUUCGCCGCCUGGCUGGGACGGUGUUGACGGCGGGCCUCUCGGAUGGGUGCAGCCUGUAGUCGGUUCGUUCUUCCUAUUCUUCAGCUCAUGGGGGAUCGCCAACACCUUCGGGGUGUACCAGACGUUCUAUGAGGAGGAUAUGCUCCGUACCACCUCGCCGUCGACGAUAGCAUGGGUGGGAUCGCUGCAAGGCUUCCUGAUGAUGGUGAUUAGCAUCCUUACUGGUCCUAUCUUCGAUAUGGGAUAUAGUCGGGCCUUGGUCUGGGUCGGAACUUUCAUGGUCGUCUUCGGGAUGAUGAUGACAAGCAUCGCGAAGAAGUACUGGCAGAUACUUCUCGCGCAGGGUGUUUGCGUCGGGCUAGGUGCUGGCUGCUUGUUCAUUCCUAGCGUCGCUAUCAUCGCGACGUAUUUUGUGAAGAGGCGGUCUUUCGCAACUGGCGUCGCCGCGAGCGACAGCAGCAUCGGCGGUGUCAUAUUUCCUAUCGUAUUCACCAACUGCAGCCGCGUAUUGGGUUCGGAUGGGCAACGCGCGUUAUCGCGUUCAUCUCACUGCGUACUCUCUCGAUUUCUCUCGCUGUGUCACGUCAGCGUACUGUCUCGCAGUCAAGGCGAAAGCUGUUUGACCCUACCGCCUUCAAGGAUGUUCCCUUCAUCCUGUACACUCCCCGCGAUGUUCCUCGCAUUCAUGGCGAUGUACACUCCCUUCUACUACAUCAGUGCCUUCGCAUUGGGCAGGACGGGUGCAGACGUCACUCUGCAGUUCUGCUACCUCCCGAUCAUCAAUGCCGCCUCGAUAUUCGGACAGAUAUUCCCGAACUUCCUCGCCGACCUCACGGGACCGCUGAACAUGCUCAUCCCCUGCUGCUUCGCGACGGGCGUGCUCGCACUCUCAUGGAUAUCGGUGCACAGCGUGGGUGGGCUGGCCACGUUUGCAGUGCUCUACGGGUUUUUCUCUGGCGCGUUCGUCAGCCUGCCGUCGCCGACGCUCGCGUCGCUCUCGCCAGACCUCAAGAAGAUCGGCACGCGCAUGGGCAUGAUGUUCGGCAUCACCGCGAUUGGACUCCUCAUCCUCACGUCCAUCGCGGGUGCGCUGGUCGACCUCGAGACGGUGCAGUUCGUACACGCGCAGAUAUUCUGCGGUGUCGUCUUGCUUAGCACCGUCGUUCUCCUCCUCGGCGCGCGGAUUGUCUCGGCCGGGCCUAAGCUGUGGGUGAAGGCGUAG